AUGAACAAGUUUUUCUCUGUAAUUCUAUUCGCAUCGCUGAUUUCAUCUCAUGCUUUCACCGCUCCUUCCAGAACUGCCUCUCCCGUGAAGCCCUUUUCCGGUCGUGUAAUUUCUUUGCGCAUGAGUGAAGAACCCACGACUUCUGAAGUCGCUGAACCCGCGGACCCCAUGGAUGCUGCAAUGGAAGAGGUUAAUGAAGGUACAAGAGAACAACUUGAGAAGAUGAAGAGAGCUCAAGAACUCCGAGAACAAGAAGUCUUCAUGAAGAAGAGUACGGGCAAGCACAUUUGCACAAAUUGCGAUUGGGAAUACGACGAAACAAAGGGUGAUAGCAUGAUGAUCGGUGGUAUGAUCAAGCCAGAUACUCCAUUUGCUGAACUUCCAACCGAUUGGCGUUGUCCCGUUUGCAGGGCCUCUAAGGAUGCUUUCCAAGAAGUUGUCGAAGAGAUUCCCGGAUUCGAGGUAAACCAAGGUUAUGGAUUCGGUUCAAAUAGCUGGACUGCUGGCCAAAAGAACUUGGCUGUCUUUGGAGGCCUCGGCUUCUUCUUUCUGUUGUUUCUCUCUGGCUAUGCAAUGUCCUAA